AUGUUCUUCAGAGGUAGCCCACGUGCCAUGCGGAGGAUGCACUCGGAAGAAACAGCAAGAGUGGAACCCGGGGAGAACAGCACGGGCCUCAGGUGCGACCGGAGCAGAAAGAACGCUUGUGCAGCUCCUCCGCUCGGUCAGCCGGGGGCCCCGGGGCGCCUGCAGGACUCGUUCCUUUGUGCUCCCCAGCAGACGUGCGCCCACCUCCAACGCGUGCAGACGGCAUGGGCCCGCACCUCCUCCCCGGGCUCCCCACGCCCCCGCCCAGAGCCCUUGCUGCCGUCCCCACAGCGUCCGGACUGCAGCCCUUUGUUAGCCCGGGGAGAAGCCCUGCGGCUGCCCGCAGUCACACCUGCCGGCACUCCAUCACGGGGACACACACAGCCCCUCGGCUGGAGUUCUGGAUGUAGAGCUCCUUGCAUCUCACCAGACUUCAAGCCCCUGCCUCUGUGUCUAUGA